AUGGAACUGAUUCUUGGAAGGGUGGUGAGAAUGGCGUGGGGGCUGCAGCGGCUGGAGACAUUCAAGACCAGGAUUCUGGAUUAUUCGGCCUCCGAUGCAAAUCUAGAGGACGAGCGCUUAACUGGGUCGUCGAAGUAUCCAAGCCCCGACACCAAGGUUCACAUCGGAACCCCGUUAGCGCGGACGGGUAAACAUGCACCACGGUAUCGAGAGCAAGCGAAGCGCACCACUGCGCAGGUCAACUCAAUUCUGGGAUUGUCAGCAGAACCGACGGAAUAUGACUACGAGACGAUCAAGCCCAAAGAUGACAGCGAUGAGGCCAUGAGCAGCGACCUAACCUAUGGUGAGGGUCUGAUAUGGGGGCAAGGUCAGUGGCCCCCUUUGGGAAGCUUCGCAAGUCAGUGCGCAGAAGCGGCCGGAUUCGUGCUCUCUGUUGUCUUCGGCUGCUCACGCCACUUCCACGGCCAAGCCCUGAGCGGUUCCACACCUUCCACUGUGCUUGACCCUGCUGUUGAAGCAUCCGAGGGGGAUGGUAUAAGAAAGAUAGCCAGCCGAUCGUGUUGUAUCACAUUGACUGUAUUAUAGUAUCUUAGUACUAGUGUAAAAUUGUCAGCCUUCACAAUCAACACUAUACAGUUCAUAUUUGUACUUAGCUAGUGAUCCUUUGCACCAUAUGACGCUUCUCUCCUAGUAGGAGAGGAAAUAGAAGUCAGGAACGCAACGGAGACAAUUAAUUAAUGGAGUGGGGCGAUGCUGCAUGAAAGGGAC